AUGCAACGUGGCCCUGCUUCAGGUGGUCCGCGGGAGGGGCCUCCACGCCAGCGCUGGGAAGGCUGCUGGGGCCUCCACACCUGCCUCAUCACGGCGGCGAGGCUACGACAAUCCGGCUGGGAGCAUGACCUUGGCGUCUGUUCUGGGAGCACAGAUGAUAAGCUCUGGAAGCUGGCAGUGUGUAAAGCACUGGCAAGUUUGUUAGUGUUAAAAUGUCAAAUACCAAUGCUUUAUAUCGACGCGAAGUGCUUAACACAGCCGGGCUUGGGGGCAGUCAGGAGGAAGCUGGCCAUCCGUGGAGGAGGGGCCGUUCCUGGCCUCCGGCAGGAUUCCUCUGAUGCAGGCCCUGAAGUCUGUACACGUGGUCCAGAUUUGUCCUUGUCUUUUCUUCACACUGAGUUCUCUAUAUUUAUUGAACAUCUUGUCCUUUUAAGCCAGAGUAGUGUAAACUGCGUCUCGGAUGUCUGUCUUUUGUCUCGAAGCCACGAUGGAUCGCUGGUUUCCUCUGCAGCGCGAGGGCUCCGGCGACCAGAGGAUUCUUCCCGGAAGGCAUUCCUGCCGCGCUCCCCGGGGCACCCCUCAAUUGUGUACUACGUCCUUGUUUAGUGUGUAUCCGUGCCCACGUAGAUGAUGUCUGUGACGUAGUUUUGUUUGAAAUAUGAGAAAAUGCGGCUUAAACUUUGAUCUGUAAGGAGCGGGGCCGUGGCCGUUCGGAGCACGCUGUAGACACCGUUCCUCAUGCUGCCGGGUGGGUUUUGCAGAAGCUCCCUUAGUGAUUUCACGUUGAACAGGCAGCAUCCAUUUUCAGAAUUUCCUGGCAUUGAUUUAUAUUUUGAAGCAUACAGGAAACUUCUCGUUUCCUCGUUUAGCCCCACCCAGAUCAGGUGAAAGGGCAGCUUUAAUGGUGGUUUUUAUGGACCACAUUAUCAGAGAGCACUGUGCAAGCCAAAUGGUUCAAUAAUGAAUGAAAAUUCUGGGUGUAAAGAGUAAAUAUGCCCUGGCUCUUUCUACCAAUGUUUGCUCCUGGUUGGAAAGAAACCAAAGAUUUAAGACGGGCUGCUCUUCCAGACUGGCUGUGCCUGCCUGUGCCCAGCAACCUGUGCAGCCGGCAGUGUGCCUGGUGUCACGCCAGGAGGCUGUGGCUGCUGUGGGCCCUCUGGAAUUGUGCUCCUCACAAAGUUUCCCCAAAAGGUUCUUCUAAGCCUUUAUUGUCCCUGGUAAAUGUUUCCCGGCUGGACGCGGUGGCUCACGCCUGUAAUCCCAGCACUUUGGGAGGCCGAGGCGGGUGGAUCACCUAAGGUCAGGAGUUUGAGAUCAGCCUGCCCAACAUGGUGAAACCUCGUCUCUACUAAAAAUACAAAACUUAGCCAGUCUUGUUGGCGCACGCCUGUAAUCUCAGCUACUAGGGACGCUGAGGCAGGAGAAUCGCUUGAACCCAAGAGGUGGAGGUUGCGGUGAGCCAAGAUUGCGCCACUGCACUCCAGCCUGGGCAACAGAGGGAGACUCCAUCGCCCCCCUCAACAAAAAAAAAAGUUUCCCAUACACUGGCCUGCCCCAAAACCCACUAACAAUUUUAGCAUAACAGUCCAGGCCAAAGAGGAAGCAUUUCAUGUUCAAUAAGAAACCCAGCCAUUCCGCAUGGCUGGUUCCUGAGUGGCUCUGGUGAUACUCGCCAGCCACCUGCUGACAUUCAGAAUCUCAGACCUCGGGACUGCUGUUGCGGUACCGUGUGUCUGACACCCGCCAGCAGCCCUUUGCUAUCUGCGCGCAGGAUGGGGGUGACUGCCCAGACAUUCCCGCUAGAUAGGCUCUGAUUUCCGGGGCAGCCUUUCAGAUGCGGCAGACAUACAACACCUGUACUUUAGAGUUUUAAGGAAAAAAAAAUCAGAAGUGCUGGUUAGAUAGUAAAAACUUAGGAUAACUUAGAAAGGCUAGUUUUAGCUUCCUUUGUGGCUCCCUGGUGCAAAACAAUUAGCAGUUAUGCAAUGGACCUGAUUCUAGUUUAUUCUAAUUAAGAAGUGAGGCCGGGUUUGACUUCGUUCCUGAAUACAAUCUUGAGUAACUGGGAAAGUCUGAGUGAAAGGAUGGCCUCAUUCUCUUUCUAAUCUUGCUGGUUUCAAGAUUAGAAAAUGGCAUUAUUUGAUCUGAAAUGUUUGAGAAGACACAAAUAAAGUUACUUGGGCAGA